AUGGCCAGGCGACUUGUCUCCAGAUCAGGGGGAACUAGGGCGGUUCUGCUCUCGAAGUUUUCUGGUGGUGGGCACUUCUUGAAGGUGCAGAGUGGAACGCCGCAGAAACGCCUCGCCAAGGAAACCACCGGAAAACAAGCAUGCCUGCGAGAGAUGCGGGUACUUGCAGGCAACACCUUCGUGUUCUCGAUCGGGCACUGUGAAAUCUGGCGGUGCCCUUCAAGAGCUGCGCUGGUGGAGGCAGCGACGAGUUCCGACUCCAAGGAAGUCUUCAGCGAGCUUUGCGAGUACGACGAGACGGUGGCUGGGCGCCGGGGCGCCGAGAAGAGGUCGCCAGUGUACGUACAGCUCUGGGAGUGGAACUUCGAUGACAUCGCAAAGGUUCUUCCUUACUUGAUCUUUCUUGGAUGUCAGCGGCUCUUUGGCUCAAAUAGCCUUCGACUUGCCGCGAUGGUGUGCAGAUACCUCUCGGUGGCACGGCUGGUGUUAUGGCUGGCUGUAUGCACGUACAGUGCGAGGGCCUCUGCGCAGUGCUUGCCUGAUGCCGUGCCACCGAGCCUUCGGAAGCUCCUUCAGAGCGACACUGCAAGAUUCCCAUUGGGAAUCUGGAUCAAUGGGAAUCCCCAGGAUCUAAUCAUGAGCGCCAUCUUUGAAACACUCAGCCAGGAGGUGCUGGGUAUAAACACGUCGGUGUCACAGCAGCGACGGCGCAGCGUUCCAGACGGGUUCUAUGCCUUGGCAGGAUGCGAGGCAAACGAGUCACAAUGGAAUUGCCACGGCGCAGAGUCGAGGAUGCACGUCAUGCUGGGUGCCUUCGUGGUAUACAGCGAAGCCCAGCUCGAUCAGGUGCAGCGCUUGCGAGUGGGUGGCAUCUUGGAGCGAGUUGGCGACGGCUACGACUUCUCCCAAGGCUUGCACGUGCCCAAGGCGCUUUUCGACCAGGCGUACAGGGAACACGCCGCUUCCCUGGACUUCUUUCGCACAUAUGCAGCUGAAGCUGCAGAUUCGGUAGGCAGCUUCAGGAAUGUCUUCGCCAGGAUCGGCGAUUUCGACCCUGCAGACCUCGUGCCGUGUGCGGAUUGGGUGCUCUACGAGUCCCAGGAGUCCAAGAGGCAGUACAUCGAAGUCACAGGAGAUUCCGACGGCUUGGAUCUUGUGGAUGGCUCCUACCGGGCGCGAUGCCACGAAGUGAACUGGUGGCUGGCACCCUCCUGUCGCUCAAAUUCCUCUGUGUGCAUUCCUUGCCUGACAUGCUACACCUGGGGAGUGGCGUGGUAUUUCGAGAUGAUUAUGACAAAAGCAGGUGUGUGGAAGAUGCCGCUGGCAAUCGGUGCGGGCACAGGCUGUGGGCCAGGGGGAUCUUUUGAGCGACUCCCGCACACUCACAACACUCUCUUCUACUAUUGGGCGCCGGAUGCAAUGUUCAACUCACUGCAACCGAUUCCAAUCACCUUUCCAGCAACGAACCGCAAAUCCUGGCGCCAGUAUGACAUGUCAACCACAAUGGCCUUGGUCCAGGCUGAGACCGUGGUGAGCACCGACAUGUCAAAGUGGGCUCCAGAGGUUACAACUUUCCUGAAGAAGAUGUGGUUUGGGUCCGAGGAGAUGAAUGAGCUUCUGGCCAAUUCUAGUGGAAAAGAUUGGAGUGGUCUGCGCGAUGUGGCCUGCGAGUGGAUCAAGCAGCAUGAAGAUGUCUGGAGAAGCUGGGUGCCAGUGAAAACGAGCUGCUUGCCAGGCCAGGGCAUGUUCUCUGCAAUUGCAGAGUCCUUCGUCCAAGCCCGCGAGAAUGCUUCGACCUGCCAAGCAUGCCCGCCAGGGAGAUAUUCUGCUCUGAUUGGGGACGACAUCGGGGACACGGCUGAGUGUCGCGUAUGUCAACCAGGAUUUAGCCAGAGUGCACACGCGGCUGUGAGCUGUACUCCAUGCGCCCCUGGGACCUUUUCGGACGAGAGCGGCUCCACUUUGUGCCAGAAGUGUGGGCAAGGGGAGUAUCAAGAUCGAGAAGCAAGUGCUGCUUGUCGUCCUUGCGGCCAGUUUGAGACGACGCGCCUGCUCGGCGCCAGCCAGCGCAGCCACUGCGAGUGUGAAAGCGGCUCAUGGUGGCAGCAAGACGAGAACUUUACUGGGUGCCAUCCCUGUUCACUGGGCAUGAAGUGCCUGGGCGGUCUGGCCCCACCACAACAGCAACAGGGCUAUUGGGCGAUGCAGGAGAUGCGAAAUGGCAAGAUGCAGCUUUCCGUAUUCGCUUGCUACAGCGAUCUCCAGUGUCCCGCAGGCGUUCCUGGAACCUGCGCCGGAAACCGCGUUGGACUUGCCUGCGCAGCAUGUUUGCCAGGUCAUCAUCAGGCAGCCAUGGGUGACUGCAAGCCAUGUGAUGGCGGCUUGCUGCUUCUUCUGCCCAUGUUGGUCGUGGUACUCACAUUCUUGCCUUUCCUGUGCAGUGUUCUGUGCAAAUGCCAAUCACGUUAUUCAUCUGCAGCACCAACAGUUGCAGCCAGCUUGGCGAUCGCUGUUACAUUCGCUGCGCAGGGCGUGUACGGCAUGCAGUCCCUGCGCAUCAUUCGUCAACUUGAGAUCAAGUGGCUGGACCCUGCGAAGUCGCUGUUGGCUGCGUUGUCUUUCAUUUCGAUUGAUUUCGAUAUUCUGGGCCUGCCGUGCUACGUUCCGGAAAGCAAUCCGAUUGCCACAUAUGCCUUUCAGUUGAUGGCCUUGCCCACUUUUGUGCUCGCCUCCCUGCUGCCUGGGAUACUGGCUCGGAUGCUCCGCCGUCCAUUCAAGUUCCGCAUCGUGUUCAACAUCUGGGCCUUGUUGUUUGUCUCGUUACUCACAGCCAUCACGCUGAUGUGCUUCAAGCCGUUCGAGUGCCGGGAAAACCCCAAUGGCAAGUUCACCAUCUUUGAGUAUGCACACGUGUUGUGCUGGGAGUCCAACAGCCACGCCAUGCUCGUAGGGAUCUCCUUCAUUGGCAUUCUGGCAUAUCCCGUCAGCAUCCUGGCGUGGCUCCUAUAUCUCACGUGGUACUACCCAACCUGGCUACUAUCAGCCAGCGGCAUCAACACGGUUGAGAAGUACCGCUUCUUGUUCGGUAAGUUCCGGCCAGAGCGAUACUACUACUGUGUGCUGCUCAGCAUAGGCAAUCUGCUUGUGGGCUGCAUCCCGGGAUGCUUCGCGUCGUUUCCCGCACUUCAAGUUGGCAUUAUGAGCUUUGUCCUGUGGGCACGGAAUGCGCUGCAUUGCCUGCUGUGGCCCUGGAGGAUUGAAGUCGCGAACUGGAGCGAUUUGCUUCUGCAGGGAGGUGUCGCGCUGCUUCUCAGCUUGGCUGCACCUCUGAACCUCGAGGUUCAGAUCGGAGAUCGCAGCGAGUACGUCUUGACUGUUGGCAUGUCCAUCGUGCUGGUUUUGCUGCCCGCCAGCAUCUGCCUUGCAGCCAUUCUGGCUUUAUAUUUCCGGGCGGGGAAGCAGAAUCGAUACACCACUUUCAUCUCCCACCAGAAGGCUUCGGCGGGCAUCUUCUGCCGUUACCUGAAGAUUGUGAUGGCAAAGCAUGCUCGAACCAAAGUCUUCUACGACUCGGAUGACCUCCUGAAUUUGGGAGAUCUUUUCGAAACAGUUCGGACCAGGACUGAGAGCUUCCUGGCAGUUUUAACGCCCGGCUUCAUUCAAAGCGUGUGGUGUGUUGGAGAACUUUCCAUGGCAUUCCACUGCGGUCUCCCAAUUUUUGCCUUGUGCUGUGAUGGGCAUAAGAUACCAGAGUAUCUCGAUGUGAACCAAAUUGAGUCUAGUUGGCCCGCAAACGAAUUUCAGCUGCUUAUUGCUCAUGGAGUUGGACGGGCGGAGGUUCAGGCGGCCCUGGCUUACCUCAAUCGGCUGGAACAUUUUCAGCUUUCCCGGACAGCACCUGGUGCAGAACAGGAAGCGGUAGCACACAUGGUCAUGGGAGCUAUUCUCGGGAAACUGGGUGCCAAGCCAGAUGACUUUUCGACUCUGGAGAGGGCUGCUGGUGAAGGCGAGGUGAGCAAGGCGCGCGUGCUGGUCGCCUCCAGCACCAGCACGCAGUCGAUGUCCACCAGCCUCGUGAUCCAGCAGCUGAUGCAGUACCAGCUGCAAGAAAGGGUCUGCCACGUGUUUCGGGCCGAGGAGAUCAAGGCAGCUCACCGAGCCUCCUCGGGGAUCAUUGUCCUUGGAAAGGGCAGCUUGGAGGAUGAAGCUUUCUCAGAGCUGGUCCUGGCCAUUCCAGGGACCUUGACGAGGCUCCUUGUCAACGAUGGGUCCUUCGAAUUCCCGACCCACGAUUUCUACCGCCGGAUCCGGGAUGGAGAGCUAGGGCUGCGUGGAAACCCGCACGAGAUCAGCGCCACCUACCAGGGCCUUUGUUCCUCCUUGGCGGUGCCCUUGACACCAGCCGGUCCCAGCUGGCUGCUUGAUCGACAGAUCAGCCAGAUUUGCAGAAGGUUGGGCCGGUUGGGAACUGAGACGAAGAGCGUCUCCCCCGAAGACUUUUCCCGUCCUCCUUCUGACAGCUGGCUGAAUCGACCCAAGAGCUGGCUUUGGGAAGAAGAGCAGGAGGAAGAAGAUGGAGAAAGAAGCCGUAGCUCUUACGUGGAACAGGCGUUCUGA